AUGGGUGGAUGCUCCGCUCCAAACUGCUCGAACUCCACAUCUAUAGGAAAGCAGCUGUUUCGCUUUCCCAAAGACCCCGUGCGCAUGAGAAAGUGGCUCGUGAACUGUCGCCGUGAUUUUGUACCGACCCCCUGCUCGAGACUGUGCCAGGAUCAUUUCGAAGAGAGCCAGUUUGAGGAGAUCGCCAGAUCACCAGCAGGGGGAAGGAAACUCAAACCCAAUGCUAUACCAACACUUUUCAACGUACCGGACCCUCCCUCUCCUGUUACCCCUCAGAUGGUGUUACCUGUUAAAAAUGAGCCAGUGGAGAAGGACUUGAACAUGGGGGACCACGGUUAUGCCCGUCGCCAGCCCCCUGUGGAUUCAGAGGAGGAUGGAGUUCAGGGGUCAGAGGAGGAAAGACCCUGCUCUCUAUGCCAGCAUUACAAAACCAAACUUGAACAGCAACAGCAGCACACAGUCAGACUGCAGAGAGAGGCAGAAGAGAUGAAGAAGCGUCUUUACAAACUGAGUAAAAUCGAGAAAGGGCUCCAGAUGUUCCUGUAUGAGGAUCAGAUACGUGCCCUAACGUUAGCCAAACGUUCUCGAAGGGCAGUGUGGUCCCAUGACACUUUACUGACAGCCCGAAAAAUCCGCUGCGCAGUGGGAGUUAAGGGCUACGAAUACCUCAGGGAACUGGGCUACCCCCUGCCAUCUUACAGGACACUGUGUAAUCGCCUGGAGCCCAAAAUGAUGGUGACCACAAGCAUGCAGGAUGAACUGGCAGAACUUGGCCUAGGCAUCAUAACGGCUUGUGACAGUCCAGAGGGCAACACGACGGGUGAUGAAGGACUCAUUGGAAUUAUGACAUAAGAAACUGCAGCAAUGCUCGAACGGACUAAAAUCUUAAACCUGCCAAAGGCCAUACUAUAUAGCAAGAACCACAUAGGACAUUUCUGUCAACUGGGUUAAUUUAUUUUCGGGUUGCACUUAAUACCAUUUGCAUAAAUCCUUCAGGAAUCAGAAGUUGGUUCAUUGUUUUCGGAGUUAUUGUUUUCGUUUCUCCAAGAAAGGAGGUAAUAUUUAGUUCUUGCUACAUUUAGCUAGACAGUUGUUGUUCUUUAUGUAAAUAUUAAGGAACAUUUGGGAAUGACUUUAGCUGGAAUCGUUGAAUCAAUGCUGAGAAUCAGACCUGGAAAAUUAUUGACACAGAGAUAUUGUUUAAGGUUGAAAAUGGCAUGAUGUUAAGUGACUUAAUCACUAUUUUAAAGUGUUAUGAUGUAACUUGUAUUUUGUUUGACCUGUAUCACCUAGUGAAAGAGUUUAGCUGUCAUAGAGGAUUCACAUCUUACAUUUCUAGACCAACACACAUGACUAAUGCAACUGCCAAUGAGGGUACAGUUCUGAAGAAUAAACUUCUGUUAGGAAACCAGAAUUUCAGGCUUUAUCUUUGACUUUAUUUACACUUUGCCACUGCUGUCUGAGUAGAUAUUUUAUCAGCUGUUCAUUACCAAAGAUGUUUCAUGGAUGUAUCUAUUUCUUUUACAUUAGCAGUUACAACUGUUUCUCAAAAAUGCUCCCUCUGAACUAUAUUUAGCAUAAACUUAAUCAGGGUUUAACUCCUUCACUAGAAACAACAAGUUCCUUAAUUGUUGGCUUUUAUGCCAGCGUGGAGACUUUGCCUUCUAAAGGGGGUUGCUCCAUGAAUCAGAGUUUGUACUUUGGUCCAGUCAUUUUAAAGGUGAACCACUGCUGUUUGCUAAAAAAAUCUAAUCUAAUAAAAUUGGCUAAUCUAAUCUCAACUAAAAAUCAA